UCAAAUGUGCGAGUAUUAAUAACCUUCAGAUGAAACCGAAUGUUGUCAUGAAUAGCAAUAGCUAUAUUCACUGUUAUUAGACUCAGUUCUUAGAGGAAUGCAAUAAGUAACCCCAUGCAACAAUGAGUGACAAGAAGUGGGGAAAGGACGCCAUUGAAGGCUUCUCCAAACACGUCCACCUCGGGAACUUCUCUCUCGAUGAAAAUCGGAACUACUGCAACGAUCACAGGAAUCGUAGAUUCUUCGUCGAUCCGGGACCGUGGCCCAAGCUGGACCUUCUUCCAGGUCAUUCGGACUUUGUUGACCGCGACCGUGGGGAUGGUGGCGCCGAAGUGAAGUCGCUGGAUGCCUUGAUGAGAUGGAUGCGUGAUCACCAAGAUGAGCUGCAACGGAGGAAGAUCUUGGAGACUCGGGAAGAUGGUACAAAAAGAUUGGCCAUGGAUUUCGUCACCCGGAGGGGCGCGUUGCACGACCUCUUCAAGUCGCCCCAUCUCAACGAUCGCACAGAGUAUCUUGUUACAUUCUUCAAUGGAACUUACUAUCUGGAACAGCUCGAGCUGCCGGGUCGGCGAGACAAUCCCAACGAUCCAGAUGGCACUCAAAUGUACAGCGGGAAAAAGUUUGCCCAGUAUUGCAGUGUCCAAGAAAGUGAGGACACGCCAGAACCUACACAACCAAUCAACGACAACCUCUCGUACGAGGCCGUCAUGGCGGCACGAUGCGGCGGCGACUUCAAAGUCCUCUUCGGCGUCGAGAUCCACGCCGAACUCAAACACAAUCCAGAUAUUUCAUCAACAUAUCGUGGAAUGCAUCAUCUCAAUUAUGUCAACAUCAGAACGGCCAGAGACUUCAACGCAUUGACCGACUUGCAAUAUUCAAAGGCUUUCUUCCGGAAGAAGCUGUUUCAGUUUUGGUCUCAGAACCACAUUGCUGGUAUCCCACGUGUGAUCCUGGGCUGGCGGGACGAUGAACGUCACGUGAUCACGAGAGUGGAAACAUACAAGACUGAAGACAUUCCUGACUUUCCCUUGUGUACAUGGAAACCUGCUAAAUACUACAGGACGAUGCAGACGCUUCUAUCUGAAAUCACUCGGCUGGUGGCAGAAGACGACGCCGGUGCCGUCUUUCAUCUCGUGUUGGAAGAGGUCGAGAGCGCGCCAUAUCCAGUUUUGGCGGGAAAACUCUGCAGUCGGACAUUCACGGUGAAGAGACUAGCACGUGGUUCCCACAGGAUCGUGAAGGACUGGUUCAUCAGGGAGGUACUCAAUUUCAAGUAACCAUCGUGGUGAUUGCUAUCGAACUUAACACAACUUCAAGAUAAGGCUGCUUUUUUAUUUCUAGUUAGAAACUGAUCGGCUUUUCUAUAGGGAUAGGGGCCUACCUCGUAUCUUAAAGGUGGAAGUUACUUUCACCACGUCCUGAAAUAUAAACACUGAAUCGCAUACACGAUGGUUACAUGCAUGCACGAUGGAGGGAAGACUGAAAUAUUUACAAUACAACGAGAAACCUACAAGCAGUAUGGUGCUGUUAAUAUAAUAUAAAAUGUGACCUCAUGGUUUCAUGUGUUGCUAGAGUUACAAAAUAUAACUCUGAAGUAUUUUUAUUUGUUUUGUAUAAACGUUACGCUCAUAUCCACAGCUUGUCUUCAAUAUUUAGACAAUAUGCCCUGCACUUUAAUAGCGAAUUGUUCGCAUUUCUUCUAUUCUUCAUGCUCAUAACUCAUAACUUAAUAUUUGUCCUUACCACCAUUUUCUCUCCGUAUUUAUCGUUUAUGUGCAAUUUAUUUAUUUACUUCAAUGUUGUUGACAUUUAGUGAUGUAGCAUAUAACCUGUAAAUUUAUAUGCAAGUAUUUACUUUAGUUCUUUUGAUGUUUGAUGAUGUAGCAUAACCAUGGGUAUCUAUUGCAAAUGUUAACAUAGUACCCAUAUUGUUUAAUUUAAUUUUGUUGAUGCUUGGUGAUAUAUCAUAACCCAUAAUUUAUGUGCAAUUAAUUUACUUUAAUUUUUUUUAA